GCCACCAGAGGGCGCAUCCCUGAGGCGAGCACUCACUAAGGGCGCCUGCGCAGGGGGCUGUCACGUGACCCGCCGCCGCUGCUCUGGUGCGCGCUGGAUCCUGAAGUUGCUGCUACGGGCCGGGCGUGCGUGCGCGGAGGUCUGCCCUGCUUCCUCACCAGACCUCACUUCUAGCCUGUGCACUGCUGGGCGGCCACAAGUUCCUGUCUGGAAGCUGCUUUGAGAGUCUCCUGAGGCCCCGGCCACUCCCUGCUGCAUCCCUUUGAGCCUGGUUCUUCUGUCUGCAGGCCUCCUGGGCCCGCUGCCCACACAUGAUGAGGUGGCCACCCUGUUCCUGCCCCUUGCUGGGGGUCUGCGCCCUAGUCUCCUUGGCCAUCCUGGGGCACAUCCUGCUUCAUGACUUCGACGUGGUCCCCCAAGAGCUGCACAGCUUCUCCCAAGAGGAGAUUUACCCAGCUCGCCAGCCCAGAGCCAGCGGCCAAGGGCCCCAGCCUGUCCCAGGGCGCCACGGCAGUCCCAGGGAAGCACCCACACAGUGCAACCUGCCCCCCGACGGCCGCUUCGACUGCGCCCCAGACAAGGCCAUCACCCAGGAGCAGUGUGAGGCCCGGGGCUGCUGCUACAUACCUGCAAGGUGGCCUCCGGGCACCCAGAUGGGGCAGCCCUGGUGCUUCUUCCCUCCCAACUAUCCCAGUUACAGGCUGGAGAACCUGACCACCACCAAGACGGGCUACACGGCCACCCUGAUCCGUGCCACCCCGACCUUCUUCCCCAAGGACAUCAUGACCUUGCGGCUGGACGUGCUGGUGGAGACUGAGAGCCGGCUCCACUUCACGAUCAAAGAUCCCACCAACCAGCGCUAUGAGGUGCCCUUGGAGACCCCACGUGUCCGCAGCCAGGCGCCGUCCACGCUCUACAGCGUGGAGUUCUCAGAGGAGCCCUUCGGGGUGAUCAUGCGGCGGAAGCUGGAUGGACGGGUGCUGCUGAACACCACAGUGGCCCCCCUGUUUUUCGCCGACCAGUUUCUGCAGCUGUCCACCUCCCUGCCGUCCCAGCACAUCACGGGCCUCGCCGAACACCUCGGGCCCCUGAUGCUCAGCACCAACUGGACCAAGGUCACUCUCUGGAACAGGGACGUCGCCCCUACGCCCGACGUGAACCUAUAUGGCUCUCACCCUUUCUACCUGGGCCUGGAGGAUGGCGGUUUAGCUCACGGGGUCUUCCUGCUGAACAGCAAUGCCAUGGAUGUGGUCCUGCAGCCCAGCCCAGCCCUCAGCUGGAGGUCGACAGGCGGGAUCCUGGAUGUGUACAUCUUCCUGGGCCCGGAGCCCAAGAGCGUGGUGCGGCAGUACCUGGACAUCGUGGGCUACCCGUUCAUGCCACCGUACUGGGGCCUGGGCUUCCACCUGUGCCGCUGGGGCUACUCCUCCACCGCCAUCACCCGCCAGGUUGUGGAGAACAUGACCAGGGCACACUUCCCUCUGGACGUCCAGUGGAAUGACCUGGACUACAUGGAUGCCAGGCGGGACUUCACUUUCAACAAGGACGGCUUUGGGGACUUCCCGGCCAUGGUGCAGGAGCUCCACCAAAGUGGCCGGCGGUACAUCAUGAUUGUUGAUCCUGCCAUCAGCAGCACCAGCCCUGCCGGGACCUAUCGACCCUACGACGAGGGUCUGAGGCGGGGGGUCUUCAUCACCAAUGAGACUGGGCAGCCGCUGAUUGGGCAGGUGUGGCCCGGACUCACCGCCUUCCCUGACUUCACCAACCCCGAGGCCCUUGACUGGUGGCAGGACAUGGUGGCCGAGUUCCACGCCCAGGUGCCCUUUGACGGCAUGUGGAUCGACAUGAACGAGCCAUCCAAUUUUGUGGGGGGCUCAGUGGAUGGCUGCCCCAACAGCAACCUGGAGAACCCGCCCUACGUGCCAGGGGUGGUUGGCGGGACCCUCCGGGCAGCCACCAUCUGCGCCUCCAGCCACCAGUUCCUGUCCACGCACUACGACCUGCACAACCUGUACGGCCUGACCGAAGCCUUCGCCUCCCACAGGGCUCUGGUAAAGGCUCGGGGGACACGCCCCUUUGUGAUCUCUCGCUCCACCUUUGCCGGCCACGGCCAGUACGCCGGCCACUGGACAGGGGAUGUGUGGAGCAGCUGGGAGCAGCUUUCCUACUCUGUGCCAGAAAUCCUGCUCUUCAAUCUGCUGGGGGUGCCCCUGGUGGGGGCCGACAUCUGUGGCUUCCUGGGCAACACUUCGGAGGAGCUGUGUGUGCGCUGGACCCAGCUGGGGGCCUUCUACCCCUUCAUGCGGAACCACAAUGGCCUGAACAGCCUGCCGCAGGAGCCGUACAGGUUCAGCGAGACGGCACAGCAAGCCAUGAGGAAGGCCUUUGCCCUGCGCUACAUGCUGCUGCCCUAUCUCUACACGCUGUUCCAUGGGGCCCACGUCAGAGGCGAGACCGUGGCCCGGCCCCUCUUCUUGGAGUUCCCCGAGGAUCCCCGCACCUGGACAGUGGACCGCCAGCUCCUGUGGGGGGAGGCUCUGCUCAUCACCCCGGUGCUCAAGGCCGGGAAGGUUGAGGUCACUGGCUACUUCCCCCGCAGCACGUGGUACGACCUGCGGAUGGUGCCAGUGGAGGCCUUUGGCAGCCUCCCACCUCCUGCACCCCUCACGUCUGCCAUCCACAGCGAAGGGCAGUGGGUGACACUGUCCGCCCCACUGGACACCAUCAACCUCCACCUCCGGGCCGGGCACAUCAUCCCCAUGCAGGGCCCUGGCCUCACAACCACAGAGUCCCGCAAGAAGCCCAUGGCCCUGGCCGUGGCCCUGACUGCGAGUGGGGAGGCCCGAGGGGAGCUGUUCUGGGACGAUGGGGAGAGCCUAGGAGUGCUGGACCGUGGGGCGUACACGCAGGUCAUCUUCCUGGCCAGGAACAACACCAUCGUGAACCAGCUGGUGCACGUGAGCAGUGAGGGGGCUGGCCUGCAGCUGAGGAAGGUGACCGUCCUGGGGGUGGCCACAGCCCCCCAGCAAGUCGUCUGCAAUGGCAUUUCUGUAUCCAACUUCACCUAUGGCCCUGACACGGAGACCCUGGACAUCCCCGUCUCGCUGACGAUGGGAGAGCAGUUCCUCAUCAGCUGGUCUUAAUCUGGGGCCCAGUGGUGUGCUGCUCCUUUACAGACCUCCCGGCAGCCCAGCACCUGCAUCCUCCGUCGGCGGUAUGUGGGCCUUGGGUCAGAGCACUUACCCCGAAUCGCAUGUCACUGACAUCCCUGAACACCCGGAUCUGCUUGUGAGUCUGCCCCCCCAGCCUCUGGGCCAGCAGCUCUUCUGAGUCUUCUAUCCAGAUCCCAGUCGGGUCAGUGCCCUGAGGGGUGCCGUUUACUGAAGAUUUGCUUUGGUGUAGCCUGUCACUGUGACGCAUGCAAUGUCAGUCACCACUGCCUGCCUGUGACGCAGAGGUGGUGCUUGGUAUGGGGUGGUACCUGCACCCCAAGGUCCUGCCUUGGGCAGCUCUGCUGCUGCUCUGACCUGAUGAAAGCAGAGCUGGGGGGGCCGCUGCAGACUGCUUUCUGGGCAGCUGCCCCCGACAACGGGUGGAGGCUGUCCACCAGUCUGACAAGUGGGCCUAGGCACUCGGCAGAAUUCACAGGACUUGGGGAUCCCUUAAUCUGAAGUGCAAUUAUUUUUAAUAAAAGGGGCAUUUGCAAUCAAGCUUCUGCUGGUCCUUCUGAGAUUCAGGCUAAGGAGGAUGUGUCUAGAGGCCCUGACACAGAAGCAGGACUCCUUCCUUGAUGGGCCCCUGGACGUUCCCGAGCAGGGUGUGCAUGUGUGCUGUACUGUGCAUGCUCAAAGCAGCGCCCUCACGUCCCCACCUCACACCCUCGUAUCACCCAUCCCUAGGAUGACUGGAAAACAGCCAGCCAGGCCUGGUGUCAGUCAUGUGGUGGGAGAUACACCCUCCCCCCGACCCUGCCCAACGGCUAUGUAGACUAAGCUGCUACCCCCAACACCUCCGUUCCCAGGCAACAGCUGGUCUGCUUUUGGCCACUAUAGACUAGUUUACAUUUUCUGGAAUUUUAUAUAAAUGGAAUCAUAUAGCAUGUAUUUCUUUUGGUCUAAUUAAUUAGUCUAAUUACUUUGAGAUUUAUCCAUGUUGUGUGCUUUUUAAUUGCCAAAUAGUUUUCCAUUGGAUAGAGGUGCCACAUUUAUUAAAUUUACAUGGAUGUAAGGAUUGUUUUCAGUUUUUGACUAUUGUGAAUAAAGAUGAUGUAAUCAUGGACCA